GCACCGUUCCAUGAUUGAGCUGACAUAUGACGUUCGAACACGCGCUAGCUGUCAGGUGGUUGUCAAUUCAUAUGUAAAAAAAUCUAUUUACAAUUUACAAAAUUUAUCUAGGAAUUUGAACAGAGAACUUACAAGACCUGGCCAUGGUUCUAACGAAGGAAUACCGAAUAUGUAUGCCAAUAUCAGUCGAAGAGUACAAAAUAGGGCAACUUUACAUGAUUGCUAGACACAGUCUGGAGCAAUCAGGAGACGGAGAAGGAGUAGAAGUUGUAGAAAAUAAAGAAUGCUUUGACGAAAAACAUGGCAAAGGACAAUUCACAGAAAAACGAAUACACUUAUCAAGCCGUCUGCCAUACUGGGUUCAAGCAUUCACACCAAAGAUAUUUUAUGUGACAGAAAAAGCAUGGAAUUAUUUCCCUUAUACCACAACAGAAUAUACAUGCUCUUUCAUUCCAAGAUUCAAUUUAACAAUAGAAACCAAAUAUGAAAACAAUAAUGGGUGUACAGAAAAUUGUUUAGAAUUAACCCCUGACGAACUAGCAUCUCGAAUAGUUGAUCAUAUUGAUAUAGGAUAUGAUGAAGUCUCCCCCAAACAUUAUAAAGAGGAAGAGGAUCCUAGGUUCUUCCAGUCAAAGAAAACUGGGCGUGGACCACUUGUUGACGGCUGGAGGACAAGCUUCAAGCCCAUAAUGUGUUCCUACAAAUUAGUCCGAGCCUCUUUUGAGGUUUUUGGGCUGCAGACAAGAGUAGAAGAAUUUAUACAUUCAUGCAUUAGAGAAGUUCUGCUUCUAGGCCACAGGCAGGCGUUUGUCUGGAUAGACGAAUGGAUAGAUAUGACACUUGAAGAUGUCCGUGUAUACGAGUCAAGUUUGCAACUGCAGACUAAUUUCCUUCUCAAACAGCAGAAAGCCCAGGCGUCCGUAGAAAGUGAUCCUUCCACUCCGCUGUCUCAAGCCACCCCUAUCUCAACGCCUCCUACCAGCCCAAAGUCACCAGUGAAGAAAGGGUAUUUUGGGUGGUUCUAAGGCUGCAAGUGCCGUGUAAUUUGUCUUUCUGUUUUUGUAUGAGUGUUGAUUUUGUAUUUAUUUUUUGUUGCUAAUAUAAUGAUAACAAUAAA